UCGAACCGAAUCAAAAUGGGAUUGCCUCUUGCUGAGCUAACACGUAUCGACUGUGUUUCACUGCGGUGCUAUUUAAUCCGGUGUUAUUUAGCUAUUUAAAGAAAAACACAAUGUCAGAGACAAAUCACUAAAUGUGAUAGCAAAAGUGAAUUGAUAAUUACCGAUUCGUUGGUUGUUUCGCAGUAUAUUAAUUGCCAACGGUGCAAUUUUUCAUUGACAAAAUUUUACCGAUUUUAGUGUUUUAUGAAAUACAAUUUUUUUUCUUCAUAUAUUCCUUGAAAAUCGUUUCUCUCUCCGGGGAAAAUACGGGUUUUUGUGCGUGUGAUUUACGCGCUUGUGUGCUUUUUCAUCGUAUUUAAUUCAAAAUAAUUUUUUUUUUUUAAAGAGGAGUUUAAUGAUUGACGAGCUUUUCGUGUUUGUUUAUUUGUCUUUAAAUAUGAAUGAAUGAAAUUCAAACUCUGUUUAUCAAAGUUGGUUACAUAUAUGAGUCGUCUUCAUCAUUUGUUUGAAGCUGUAAAUAUUAUUACUUUAAAAUUGUGCACAUUAGUGAUAAAUGAGUGAGUGUUGUUUUGUCAUAAAAUAAAACACUGUGUGUAAAUAACAUAAAGUCGCAAGGCAACACGCUGGGUUAUAACUGUUUUAGUACGACAAAACCAAUGUAAAUAAAAAUUCUAAAUAAAAACAAUAGAUUUUGAAAACGUGAAACAAUUUUAUUUGGAAAGAAAAAAAAAGGAAAAAAACACCAGUCCGUAGCAACAAUAAUUUUUAUUUGAAAACAUACUGUGGCUGCGAGAAACUGAGAUUUUUUAUAUAUAUAAAUAUUUUAACACAAAACUUAAACUUGUAUGAGUAUAACAACUUUGUGCUCCGUUCAACUUGAAUCAAAUGCUGAUACUUUUAAACGUGUAUUUCAACUAAAAACUUCCAAGUUCUCAUUUUCCUGAACGGUACAACGAGCCAAUUUUUAAUAACAUAGUAAACUCAACAUGUGUGUGGAAACAGGCAGAAACAUCAAUUUAAAAAGAUGUUAAAAAAAAUCCGUUGAAAAGUCAACGUUGAACCAUCGAUUGCAACAGGUUUUUUAUCUAUACCAUAUGGCAGCGCUUGAUUCAACACCAUCUGUAGCUGAUCAGGAGCAUCAAGAUAAAAGUGUAACCACAAUGUCAGCUAUGUCAAGCACUGGAAGUAAUAGUCAGGCUAGUCCGAGAAAUACCGUGACAUCGUCAACCGGUGCUUUCGUACAAUUAGGUUCGGUUGAAGUUUCCAAAUCUUUACAAGAUGGUGAAAAGUUUGUUAAAUGGGAUGAGGAUUCAGGCUCUGGCACACCGGUCACCAUGCGUAUCGAUCCAAAGGGAUUUUAUUUAUGCUGGGUCGACCAAAAUAAUGAGAUGGAUUUGUUGGAUAUAGCUACCAUUCGAGAUGUACGGACCGGGCAAUUUGCCAAAAAACCAAGGGACUCCAAACUACGGCAAAUUGUUACUCUCGGUUCGCAAGACACGUUAGAGGAAAAGACUGUCACUGUUUGUUUCGGUUCUGACUUUGUGAACGUUACUUUUAUAAAUUUCUGCGCCACACGGAAGGAGAUUGCACAAAAUUGGACCGAUGAACUGAUGCGAUUAGCUUACAGUUCAACACAACUGAAUGGUUCGGCAACAUUGUUUCUGCAGAAAGCACACACCAAACUUUGUCUUCAAGUUGAUAAGUCCGGUAAAAUUCCGGUCAAAAAUAUCAUAAAGCAAUUUGCUUCUAACAAAGACGAUCGACGACGUGUGGAAAAGGCGUUAGAUGUUUCAGGACUUCCAUCUGGCAAAGGCGAUGCAAUACCUCUAGCAAAAUUUCAAUUUGAAGAAUUUUUCAAUCUGUACAAGAAUCUUACACAGAGAACGGAACUGGAGAAAAUCUUCGAAGAACUUGUUGGUACAUCCAAACGACGUCUUAUGUCAACAACACAGCUAGUCGAUUUUCUAAAUAAAAGUCAACGUGAUCCUAGAUUAAAUGAAAUUCUAUAUCCAUAUGCAAAUCCGGCUAGAGCAAAGGAACUGAUAUGCCAGUAUGAACCGAACAAAUUCAAUGCACAGAAGGGUCAACUUAGUUUAGAUGGAUUUAUGAGGUAUCUAAUGUCAGAAGAUAAUCCUGUGAUGGCACCGAGUAAAUUAGAUUUGUGUGACGACAUGGAACAGCCACUAUCCCAUUAUUUCAUUAAUUCAUCGCACAACACCUAUCUGACAGGACAUCAAUUGACGGGUAAAAGUUCGGUUGAAAUUUAUCGACAGAGCUUAUUGGCUGGAUGCAGAUGCGUUGAAUUAGAUUUUUGGAAUGGAAAAACUGAUGAACCUAUUGUCGUUCAUGGCUACACUAUUGUUCCUGGAAUUAUUGCUAAAGAUGUGCUGGAAGCAAUAGCCGAAAGUGCAUUUAAAACGUCUGACUUUCCUGUGAUAUUAAGUUUUGAAAACCAUUGCAAUCCUCGGCAACAAGCCAAAAUAGCAAAUUAUUGUCGUGAUAUAUUUGGAGAUAUGUUAUUAGAUAAGCCAAUUGAAUCUCAUCCGUUAUUACCGAAUGUUGAACUUCCACCACCGUCAAUGCUUAAACGGAAAAUCAUCAUAAAGAAUAAGAAAAAGCAUCACCACCACCAUCAUCACCAUAAACAGGGUGGCAGUUUAACGCCAAAUAAUAGCACGUUAAAUAACUCGAAUAUCGGUGCAGCAAAUACUAGUCAAAUAUCAGCAACGGAAGAAGAUGGAGGCACAGCUGUUCCAACAGGAAACGGUGACGUCAUUCAUCAUGCCCCACCAUUGCAGCAAAUUCGUCAAAGUUCCAAAGAGAGUACCGGUUCAUCGGAUACAGACAGUUCAAGUGAAGAUGAAUCAACAGCUGUCGCUGUUCCCGUUCCGACAACCGGAGUCAUUCAACCAGAUAAAGUAGCACAAACGAAAGAGACUGAAGCUGGAGCUGAAAUAUCUGCUCUCGUUAACUAUGUGCAACCGGUGCACUUCAGCAGCUUUGAAAAUUCUGAAAAAAAAAAUCGCUGCUAUGAAAUGUCGUCAUUCGAUGAAAAACAGGCGACAACGUUGCUGAAAGAACGUCCGAUUGAGUUCGUUAAUUACAACAAACACCAACUUUCCCGUGUCUAUCCAGCUGGAACGAGAUUCGACAGCUCAAACUUUAUGCCACAGUUAUUCUGGAAUGCUGGUUGUCAAUUAGUUGCGUUGAACUAUCAAACUUUGGAUUUGGCAAUGCAACUGAAUUUGGGCAUUUUUGAAUACAAUCAACGGUGCGGUUUUCUAUUGAAGCCAGAAUUUAUGAGACGGAAGGAUAGACGAUUGGAUCCCUUCGCCGAAAGUACGGUUGAUGGCAUCAUAGCUGGUACAGUAUCGAUAACAGUAUUAUCUGGCCAGUUUUUGACUGAUAAAAAAGUUGGUACUUACGUGGAAGUAGACAUGUUCGGUCUACCGGCAGAUACAGUGCGAAAAAAGUUUCGCACAAAAUGCGUUCGUGAUAAUGGAAUUAAUCCAGUCUAUGACGAUGAACCAUUUGUGUUCAAAAAGGUUGUACUACCUGAAUUAGCUUGUAUUCGCAUUGCAGCUUACGAGGAAGGCGGUAAAUUUAUUGGACAUCGUGUCCUACCUGUGAUUGGAUUGUGCCCGGGAUAUAGGCACGUAAAUCUUCGUACUGAAUUGGGUCAACCAAUAACUAUUGCAACGCUGUUCCUAUUUAUUGUUGUUAAGGAUUAUGUUCCGGAUGGGUUAUCGGAUUUUGCUGAGGCAUUAGCUAAUCCGAUAAAAUAUCAAAGUGAAUUGGAAAAACGAGCGGAACAGUUAGCUGUUCUAAUGGAGGAAACGGCUCCAGCCGAUGACGAUGGAGCAAAUUCUUUUGUGAUUGUUUCUAUAGGUGCAACAAAGAAAGAAAUGCGAUCACUGGACGUAGUAUCCGGCAGUCCCAAGCAUCGUACCAGUAUUGUCGCCGCCUCAUCGUUGAGUGUUGAUACUGGCCUAGAAAGUGAAUGUGAUAUCAGUGGUGCUUCUAGUCAUAUUAUUCAGCAUCAGCCAUCUUUGGAUCAGACAACCACAUCAUCGAAACCGAUCGCAACCACGACUGAACCGUCAGAAAUGAUAAAUAUUUGUGCCGAACCGUUGGAAAAGAUUCUGGAGCACAAAUUGGUGAAAGAGAAAAGACUCGAAAUGGAAAAGAAAAUGGACACAAUGCGAAAGAAACAUGAUAAGGAGAAGUUGAGAGUGUCCUCGCAGAAAAGUGGAGACUUGAGUGAUGGCAUUCGACGAUCAAAGUUCUACAUGAACAAUAAACUGGUGAAGCGACUAAGCAGCAAGAAUAUUGACGUAAACGUACCCAUUCCACCAUGCCCGACUGAUUUCAAUGAAGCAAGUGACGGUGAUUCCAGUGACAGACCGAGUGUAACGCGAAGUCAGUCCGAGCGUUUGAUAUCAGUGUGUCGCGAGUUCAGCUCUGCCUAUCAGGAGAUACAAGAAAAGUAUCACGAAAUCAUUUACAGUACUGCCGAGAAAGUGAUGCGAAAUUCGCAAACCAGUCAAAUGAAGCAACUGAAGACGAUGUUGGAAAAAGAGACCAACGAUGUCAUGAGACAAUUGAAUCUGGUGCGAAGAGAUGAAGUGAAAAAUUUGGCAUUGAAACACAAAGAUCGAGACGAGUUGGUCAGAAUGAAACGGGAAGUGGCUAGUUCAUUGGUGGAGAGGGGUGUAACGGAACGGGUUAGACUUACUCAAGCCUACGAGAAAAAGCGAGACGAACUACAAAAACAACAUGACAGCGUGAAAGCAGCCCUGAUGGAACAUAAGUCUAAGGCCAAAAUGCUUCUGGAACGGGAGACCCGAACAUGUGUGUCAGCUGAGGGAUUCCUGGUGCUGUUCAAUCCUUUAAUAUCGUCAUCAACUGCCGCACAUUCGAAUCAAUCGACAACCGGUAACAACUCAGUGCACAAUAGCGGAGCAAUGGAAUCGUAAUCAAUGCUGGAAACUGAGGGCGAGAAUUUUUUUAAAAAGAUAGAAAAUGCGCUUGAUUAGUCGAAGAUUUGUUGAUGUAAAAUUUUGUAUAGGAAACCAAGAUGUUAUAGUCACUCAAGAUAAGUGGAAAAUUGGAAAAUACUCUUUAUAUAUUAAAAUAUAUUACUUAUUAUGGCCUAAAAUGUGUUGAUGUUAAAAUAUUUAAAAUUGUAAGUGUUGUUUAUAAUAGACUAAAGUAAUAAAAGAUAAACAGAAAAUAAAUAGUGAAAAAAUAAUAAUGUUUUAGGGUUACAGAUUUGUUAAGACUUACACACAACUUCUAUUUAAAAACAGAAAAAUAGGAAAUGAGAAAACAUUUUUUGUUUGUUUUCCCGAAAAUCUCAUUAUGACUCGAUUGAUUAAACUCAGUUUUUUUCUUGAUUUUAAACCAAAAAGAAAAUCAAAUUCUUCCAUUCGUAUUUCUGUUGAUUUCUUAUUUCACUUUGGAAUUGUCUUAUGCAAUUUGUGAACAUAAAUAUAUUCGUAUUUGGUAGAUGCAUAGAGAGUUAUACUAAAAACAGAAAAGUAAAAAAAAAUUAUAAACGCAAAGCACUUCUUGAAUUGAAUGUAAAAAGAGAAACAGAUUUUAAAAAAACCUAAAAUAUGAAGGAAUUAUAUUAGAAUAAAUUAUAAAAAUACAAACAGAAAACAUAACAUAAAAUGACUAAAAAUAAAACGUGUGUUAAAAAGAGAGAAUUUAUAAGUGCGACAGUGAAAAGAAUAAAUUAACAACUCAAGUGAUUUGAGUCAAGUCUCGAGUUGCACUCAGAACUUUUUGAUUGAUAUUAGAAAUUGUUCUUUGAUUAUUACUUUUUGGCUCACAAGAUCCAAUUAUUUGGUAACUAAUUCAAUUAAAAAAUCUUAACCUUUUCACAGAUGACAAGGACGCCGGCAGUCAAAGACGUGUUUCUCAAAUUUCUAAAAAUUCCCAAAAGUUUCUAAAAAAUUUAUAAAAUUUCUCAACAUUUCUUCAAGAAACUUUUCUAAAAACUUUGGGAAAUUUUCGAAAUUUUUUGACAACUUUUGGUAACUUUUAGAAAUUUGAGGAACACUGUUUUGAAAAAUAGGCACUGCCGCGCCGGCAGUAAUAACAUACCGAGUUCGGUACCUUUUUUGAUCCAAGUAUUUUGCCUACGGAAUCUUUUACGUCACUUGUUUUGAACCGCCAGUAAAUGGUGAAUGGUAGCAUUUUAGUGUUUCAGUACCUACAAAUUUACCCUGAUUGAGGGUAAAACAAUUAGUGGAAUUGGUGGAAUUAGUUGAACUUUCGAGCUAAAAAUUGAAUUGUUUCAUACAGAAAAAAUUGAAUAUUUGGAAAUUGUGGUUCUUACUAGUAGUUUUUCCCUCCAUCCUGACGCACAGUUUGACCUAGUUUCAAUCACAAUAACUUUGAAAUCUGUCUCGGUAUCUACAUUACAAAAGGAGACAACGCGACGAUGAAUAGUGUAAAGUUUAACCUUUUCUCACACAAAUUAACUUCGUGAAUUGUCUCGGUAUCUAUGCCUUCCAGGGUGUGGCUUUUAGCUUUUUCUUUGAGUCCUACAUAGUCCUACAGUUCUCGCUGUUUUAGGUAGUUUUAGACAAGAGCUUUCCAAACCACCCUCAAACACUUCUUUAGGUUCAGUGGCACUUCAUAUAGAAUUUGUUGUAAAAGUUCAAAAUUUUCGGUCGGUACUUUUACUAGUUAUUGCCAAAAAAGAAAACGUCUUGUACAUUCGUGAUUUUUGUGGACAUUUUGACGAUGUUCUAAAUGCAUUUACAAUUACUGAAGCAUUGAUUGUGAUACUGUAUUCACAGACUACGAAUAUGUCACCAGUUUUAUCAUCGGAUCUACUACUUCUUUUGUUCAAAGGUAAAUCGACAGGUUGGUGAAAAAUCUUUUAUUUCGUUUGUUGUGACAUUCAUUUUCCUAUGUAUUAAGACCACAACCAGCGCUAAUCGCUUAUUUUGGUUUGUCUUUAUCGAAACAGAUGACUUAAAUUCUUAUUUGAUUUUAAUGGAUUGUGUCCUAUAAUUUUCCCAUAAUUUUUAUUAUUUCCUUGGUUCAUCCUUGCAAGUUUAUAUAAAAAUAUAAAUCAGCGACCUAUGACUCUUUGACGAUAUGGAAAACCGCUCUGUCUAUAGGUUAUUCUCUCAAAAUAAAAAUAUUUAAGAAAUUACAUUGAAUUAAGUGUUAGAGACAAUCAAUAAAGAUACAUUAACGUUAGUCAAAUUAAUAAAACAUUUAGAACAAAGUGCUUGCAAUUGAAACUUAAAAGUCACGGAUGUUUUGAAAGUGUAAAGAAGAAAUGACUUUCAUUUAUCCAAGAAAACUAUACACCAGACAUACAUAAACUAACAGGAUACUGGAUACAGGACACACAUUUUUCAUAUUUUUAUCCUUUUUCCAACAAAUUUGUAAUGUAAGGAAAAUAAUCCGAAACGCAUAAGACUUGGGAUUUCCCCGGUAGUUUUUGUCUGGCUUUAAAGUGUAAUAAAGGACUAUUUUUGGGAAAUCAUUUUACCAAUUUUUCUUUUUGGGAAAAUCGAAGAAAAUGGUUUGAAAUUCAAGAAAAUAUUGGAAAAUGUUUUCAUAAAAAUAGUCCCUGUAAUAAAGUGAAGUCUUCUUUUAAUCAGGACCAAAACGUUUACCCCUCAGAUAUUUGCGAUUUGAUGAGUCAGUCAAAGAGUAAAAAAUACAAAAAUUAAAAAGAGUUCUCAACUCAGUCCUAUAUGGCGACUCUUUACAUGGCAUUCCCAGUCAUUUGAUACGAUUUAUGGAAAACAGUCGUAAGAUCAUGAAAUGCUGUCACUCAGGUGAAAUCAUGUAAAACUAUCUUAAGAAAUGUAGCUCCAACCAAUUCCAACUCAAAUAACAUUCACAACACAUCAUCACUGAUUCAGGGCAGCUAGAGAUCUGAUUUCAAAUGACAUGUUGUUUGGACGUUUGAUCGUAAUAUUGAGGCUCCUUGAAAGUACAUAUUAUUAACUUUCAGACCACUUCACUAAUUAGCACUACGCCACCAUAGAUCUUCAUACCAUGAAUGAAAUAUUCGAUUUUACUGCAAAGAGAAGAAAACGUUUAGUCGUAUGUGACAUAAAUCAACGAUCUCUUUUUGACAAAAUUCACAUCGCUGCUUCGCGGUAGCUCUUAUUACUAAGUUCAUGCUGUGCUAUGCAUCAUUGCAUAAAUCAAAAGAAUUUAUGUUAAUUCAGUAAGAUUCGAAUAAAAAGAAGUUUCUCUCGAACGAGAUACAGAAAGCGGUAUUCAAAUCGUUCAAACAAACAGACAAAAGAACUUCAGUUAAAAGUUGUGAAUCUUAAAAAAAACUGUUUGGCUAUGUACUACAAUUGGAGACAAAUAAUUAGAGUGUUGUACACCGGUGGUAAUGAGUGCGAGUCCAUGCUAGACGAAUGAAACUACUGCAACAAGUUGAACACUUUAACUAUUUUCGUUAUUGUACUUAUUAGUCGACAAUUUUACAUAACUCUAUCACACCACUUCUCUUACACACAUCGUACAAUUCAAGCCAAUCUAAAGAAAAUAUUGUUGGACGGAGAACCACCUUAGAUGUUGUAAUUAAGUAAGUUCGACAAAUUAAUUCUUUAUAAACAAAAUAACAGAAAACAAAACAAUAAAAAAAAGAUUCCUUUCAAAGGACGAAGGUUGUUGUAUACAAAAAAUAAAAAACAAAA